GCAACAUGUUGAGAUCAUUGCCCCCUCGCUCCAAGCAGAAAUGGCCCCAAAUGAUCCAGACAAUGACUUUUGUGUAUAAUUGCACUGUGCAUGAGACGACUGGGUUUGCGCCUUUUUAUUUGAUGUUUGGGAGAACCCCGAGAUUGCCGGUAGAUCUCCUCUUUAAGAAUGUGUUUCGGGAUGAGACUGUGUGUGACUAUAACAUAUAUGUAAAGUCCCUUUUAGAGGACCUGCAUUGUGCCAUGACGCUUGCCCAGAAGAACUGCUCUGCUGAGCAGAAGCAUCAGAGCGACCAGUACAACAGAAAGGUCAAAGGUCAGCCUCUUUCACUUGGCGACCAGGUGCUGUUGGCAAACAAAGGUGUCAAAGGGAAGCGUAAACUUUCUGACAAGUGGUUGCCUGUUAUACACACUGUGGUGGCCUCAAAACCCGACCUGCACAUCUACCGGAUCAAGGAUCCAGAGGGGAAUGAACGUGUUGUUCACCGUAACCUGUUGCUCCAGGUUAACUUCCUGCCAUUAGAUGGAGCUGUGGAGGAUGAUACUGGACCAGUGGUCAUGCCUGCCACAGCAGUAUUUGAUGGGUGUGAGUCAGAGGUGUCGGAUACGGCAGCUGCAACUGUUGGGACAUCCCAUGCUGGUUCCCUCUUGAGUGCUGAUGCUUGUGAUGAUGGCCGUACUGACUCAUGGGUCCAUGAGCAGUCUUCCUUUGAUGAGCCUCAGUGUUCAGAGCCCGCUAAAGUAGUCUCCCCUCCAGACAGUGGCCAUAUUGCUGCUCUGGAUCCCCCGAUAGCUCUCUCUGCUCCCUCACUGCAAUUAGUCCCAGUUGGUCCACCUCAAGCAUCUGGUGCUGAAAACCAAUUUGCCUCACGGUUUGGCAGAGUCAUUAAACCUGUUUACCGAUUCAUAGAGUCCAUGGUUCAACUUGAGUCCAUAUUAGGGGUCGAGCCAGGCUCCCAUACUGUUAUUAGUGUGUGAGAUAUGACCAGAAAGCUGUUUUGUGCUGCUCUUGGUAUGGACUCAAUGUUCUGAAAAACUAAUUUUUCCCUACUCACCCACAAUGUUGGCCUGUGUAUGUGUGGUGUAUAAGGCACCUCACCUUGUCUAUAGAGUACUAUGAGUUCUUGCUGGGCGCCAAGCAAGUCUCUUGUUCUCUUAUCCUUUAAAUAGGAAGCGUAUAUUGCUGUUUAAUGCAAAUUUGUGAUUUUCAUGGCUAUUGUGUUUACACAUGUGUACUGUUCUUGCAAACCGGACUUUUGUGUAAUUCUUGGGGGGUGAGUGUAACAGGGUCCAUUAUGUCUUGUAAAUAAUGUAUUUUAUAAUGCUUUAUUAUUGUUAUAAUUACACAAAAUGUGUAAGUUACAUGUAAAUACCUGAAUAUUGUUUGAUGUUUUGUCAAUGUGGAACCAUUGUCUCGUUGUCCCUCCUACUGCAAUAAUUACGGUGACACCUGUCUUUAUAUAUGCGUUGGACACGCCUUCCAACUUCACCUUUUGUCCACCAUAACGGGAGAGGUAGGCGUCCAUGCGACGACAGAAAAUGUCAUGUUAAGAACUUCUGUUCAUUUUCUUGUUCUGUAUUGUAUUUUGUGUAGGGACUCGACGACGUCAAAAACUUAUUGACAACAAUUGUGUUCUGUUUUAUCAGUAAAGUGCAGCUGAGCAAUCCAUGGUGUCGGUCGUUUUUCACAAAAGCCACACAACGCAGAGAGGAAAAGACCACCGGUUACAUAUGCCUUGAGCUCUUAUUUUGAAGGCGCUAAGAGCGGAAUUUUGACACGUUGGAGUGGAGCGGAAGUUUUUGAAAGAAUGUAAAUAAAGUGGUCCUCGUGUAAACUGGAGCCUCCGUGUUUGUUAUUUUGUAGUUUCAUACAGUAUAGGCGACAUUUAUAAACCCUCGGUUACACUUUUUUAAAUAGAUUCAAUCUUGCACGUGGAAAGUUGAAGUGA